AUCCGGCGCCGAUCAAAUAACCGGUAUUGAUAUCAGCUGCAGUAAAUUUCCAGAAACGGAUGACAACAUUCUUUGACUUUCGUCAAAAAAUUAACAAAACAUACGAAAUUUCUUGUAUUUUCAGCAGCUUGAAUCAUUGAACAGUCAGCUGUGGUCUGGCGGAAUCCAUUAUUUUAAGAAAAUGGCAGAAGAAAUACCGACUGCAAGCGUUCGUAAGAGAAAUUCGUCUGCAGCUGCAACGGAAAAUCCCAUUUCGUCAGGCUCAGCCUCGUCUUCUUCUCAAUCUCAACAAGAACAAGAUCAGAUUCCCGGAGAAAAUCAUGAGUUUUUACAACAUCACCGGUGUAGCUCGAUGGCAGAGUACUAUGAAAGACUCAGGAGGUGGAUUUUUAUGUACAGAUCGCAUAUGUAUAUGCAACAACAUAUGAUGUUAAUGAUGCCAUACAUGACAUUUGCUUCAUUUCUCCAACAACAGUCAGCGGGAACGGGAACGACAGCCAGCCAGACCUCUGGCGGAGUGACGCGCGAGCAACCGCUUAACAAUGCUAGACAGCAACAACAGUUGGGAGGUCAAAUUCAUGGACAAAAUCAACAGAUACAAAAUGAUAUACGAGCAGCCCACGGUGUCCAAAAUCAGCAGAAUGUAACCCAGGCUGGAAACAAUAUUCCUCAGAUUGCAGUCUUAGACUUUUCAGUGCCAUCAAUAUAUCGGCGUGUCUUUGCAGAGGUGAUUGACUUCUUCCUCCUUUUCUCUGCAAAGUUAGGCUUGAUGUUGAUCAUCAUCGACUACCUUGGAAUCAGUGAUACCACAGGUUUCAUGAUGCGAUUCUUGGUUGAAGAAAUUGAAGAGGACACAUCGUUGGAAGAACUUCAGCAGAUGCUUCUCUUUGCCUUCAUCUAUAGAAUCAUUGUCUGCAUUUAUGAGACCUUCUUUUUAUGCAGCAGCGUCAAUCGGAUUCUCGGUGGUGCUACACCAGGCAAGUUCUUCAUGCGAUUGAGGGUUAUCUCGCUGGAGCAGGUCCAGUCAGCAGGUCCAGGACGGGUCCAGGUCACCUUACCUGACAGUGUUGGUUUUACACAAGCUUUGCUGAGGUCGUUAGUCAAGAACUUUUCCAUGGCGUUCUUCUUUCCGGCAUGCAUCACUGUAUUUUUCAAUCCCCACUUCAGGGCUGCGUAUGAAGUGCUGACGAAGACCAUGGUUGUCGGCACUGAAAAUUGGCCUUUGACCUUCCAACAGAGGGGUCAGAUUCAAGGGCUCAUCAGAUGACAUGGUAUUACAUGUAAUUGAUAUUUGUUUUUUUUUCCCAAAAUCUCUUGCUCUCUCUCCCCACUCUCUUUCGUCUCUCCCUGUCUCCGCCUCCUCUCCUUUCCCUCUUCCCUUCUCCUUUCCCUUCCCUCUCUCACCUCCCUCUUCUCUUCCCCCUCCCUCUCUUCCCCCUCCCUACCCCUCUCCCUCAUUUUCCCAACCUCUAUGUUGUUGGGUCGGUGUGAGAAUGCCCUUAACACCACUUUCGCGCAUCACAUGUAUACAAAAGUGCCCUUAGCGGCACCCAUCGGUGCAUUGCGUGAGGUGCGCGAAAAUGUUUUGCUAAGGACGUUCUUGCACCGACGCAACAAUCCUAUGUAUUCUCCCCCACAUUCUCUGUCAUCGACUUUUUUUUUUUUCUCCUUCUGACAUUUCUUUGUAUAAUCUACUCUAAAAGCUUUUAGUGAUUACGAUAAAUCUAAUGAUAUCUAAAUGGUAAGAUUUAUUGAGAAUACUAUGAUUACAUUCUAUUUAUGAACAACUUAUGGAUUGGAGUAAGUUUGCCACUGAUUGAUUGCAUUAUUUGUAUAUAGAGAGUCAUUUGAAUAUGCAAUUGGAAUCUAUAAGCAAGGUAAUUGUGUGUAAGCUGCUAAUCCUAUGAAGACAAUACGUGCAUUUUGUUUAUACAUUAAAUGUGCCAUUUAUGUACGAUGUAUGUUGCAAUAGCUUUGGCCAUUUAGAAUUUGCAAAUUAAUCAAACACUGAAUGGUGGAGAUUGUACAGAUUUUGCCUACCGAGAAUUGGAAUAUAUCAUUUAUUUCCCAGACAGCUUUAUUUUUCCCCGAGGGAUAAUAUUUUGCCCAAAGCGCACUACGAUGAGGGAAAAUAUUCCCCAAGGGGAGAAUAGCUUAGGACAGUUAAAAUGUUAUUCAUUAAACAUAUAGACCAGGGAAUAUCUGUUGUAUUUUAUAGUCUAUGUAGAUUCACCGUCAGAGUCUGCAUUGGCUUCACGAUAUACUCGCAACGUUUGCUGCAGCUCUGAUUCGUCUACAUCAUAAUAGAAAAACGCAGCUAGCACAUGCUUCAUGCAAUCUAUACAUUCACACUAGUGCAUACAUCAAGAAUAAAAUAUGCAACUUAUAGGCAGUGAGUGACGUCACCUCAGCGAAUAUACCGCCGUCGGUCUGAAAUACAACACAACACAGUUAUUUUCACUGAGGCGAUGUCAAACUCAAAAUAUACACUGCAAAAACUCUGGUGUUGAUUUAACACCAGCCCAGAAUCUAUAUAUGUCCACACCAGAGAAGUAUUGAAACAACGCCAGUUUGGAAUAAAACCGAUGCUGUUUUAAUACUAAUUGGUGUUGUAUAAACACCUAUCGGGUGUUAAACCAAAACAAAACUGGUCACUGUUGUUUAACACUUCUCUGGUGUGGACAUAUACAGAUUCCGGGCUGGUGUUAAAUCAACACCAGAGUUUUUGCAGUGUAUAACCAAAGCAAUCGUUGCAGCUAUAGUCAUGAUGACAUAUCACUGAUUGAUUCAAAUCUACAGAACCUAUGUAAAUCAUAUCAUAUAGCAUUGUUUAAUAUUGCAGUGCAUGGGCAUAAUAGUCUUUAUUACAUUGUAUUAUUUUUUCUGAUGAAUAAUCACUUAAGAGGGUCAAGGUGUUAUGUUAAACAAGGGACAUGAUUAUAAUCACAAACAUUACAUAAAUACAAUGUAUAAGGAAAACAUUUAGGAUUACUAUAAUAUUCCUGUGAGAAAGGAUGAUAUUUACUCUUGAUGGAAAGGUCUUUGGACUUUCCUUUUCUAAUACUGCUAAGAAUUUUGAACAGCAAGCCCGAAGCACGACAUAAAAUUUCUCAUAUAUUUCAAUGAAUCCUAUGUGCAUAGUACAAAAAUAUGUUUAUUGGUGAAAGUUGUUGAGCUGACAUUGAUUCAAUUUUUGAUGUAAUACAAUUUUAAUUUGGUAUAAGUGGGAACAAUCGAGUAAUCUGUUAUUUAAAAAAAUUGUGCUAUAUUUGUAUUGCAUCCUGAGUAUUAAAUCAAGUUUGACGUACAAACCUACUUGUAUUAUUGAAAUGGAGUUGCAGUAUGCAUUUUCAAUGUCUGGUUUUACAUCAUUAUUUUAGUUUGUGUUUUUACAUACCUCAUAUUAUACCUACGUUCAGUUUAUAUGUAGAGGAUUUCUGGCAAUCAAGUGUAUGUGUAAUUUUUGCAUAUUAUACCCCUUUCAUAAACCCAAUUAUGCAGAUAAUAUCAGCAUAAUUUAGUCGUAAAAUCGGAGCGGGACCAGAGUUAUCCGCAUUAUUUCGAUGCUUCAAUUAUCCACAUAAUAGCGGCAUCGGGACCAGAUUUUGACUUUAUGAACGCAUUUCCAAAGUAAUGCGGAUAAUUGCCAUGGUGCGGUCACAAGGUCACCCUUUUCCAACACAACCCCAUCGGAGGGGGUGUGUGCAGUUGCCAUGACAAUUAUCCGCCUUUUUCAGGUCGGGCGCUUGUAAAAAAUAGUGCAGAUUAUUUCCGGAGUUUGUGAAUGCAAUUUUUAUUAAAUUAUCCGCAUUACUCCUAGGCGGAUAAUUGGAGGAUGGGUUUAUGAAAGGGGUAUUAGUUGGUAGAGAAGGGGUCGUAUGAUCUAGUGAUCAGUGUUCGAAGCAAAGUGCACUAGAGCCCUGCAGAAGGGCACUAAUACACAUUUCAUUGUCCCUCUGAUAAGAUGUAAAUCACUUGGUCCUCUGGUUGCUUGCUUUUAUAAACCUUGAUGCUUUAUUUACUGAUGGAUGAGACUAACACCAUUUAAAUGAUUUAUGGUAUAUGUUACAUUAUGUUCAAUUGAGUCACAAGUUCUUUGCCACAAUGAAUUAUAUUUCUAUGAUACAUUUUUCAGACCUUUUUGUUGCCUAGAUGCUUUUUUGAACGAUCGGCUACUUAUUAAUGUGAAAUUUGUGUUUAUUUUAGCAGAUAUAUACAUGUGGUUUUGUUUAAAAACAGUUUUCUGCUUACCUUUUAUUCUUACUCCUCCCCCAUCCUCCCCCCCCCCCCUCUCUGUUACCCUCACAUUCUCUCCUUCAACCCGGCCUAUAUACAAAAAAGUAUUGUUCUCAUUUCCAAUUCUUCAAAUGUCUCCCCACCUUAAUUGUAUGACAUUCCUGCAUUUAACACAUCAUUAAAAAGAAAAUGUCCUUUAAUGAGA